CUGACCGAAGAUUUUUCCCUUUUCUUUUCUCCAACUUCUCUUCUCAGCAGGAGACACAAGACUGCAGCAGGAAACACAUCUACAAGUACUGUUACACCAUGUUUGGGUUCCUCCUGCUUGCCUGUCUGUUUCUGCAUCUGGUAGUCUCUGUACCUCAGCCACCCUGCCGUCGAUGCUGUGACCACCUCCCACCACUAGAUGACUCUGCAUCCACAAGAGAAGGCAUGCCUGCAAUGCCUGAGGUCCGCACAUACAUCAAUAUGACUAUUCUCAAAGGUGACAAGGGUGACCGUGGAGAAAGGGGAACUCCUGGGAAGACUGGGAUUGAGGGUCCUCAAGGACAACAGGGUUUUGAAGGCCCCAAAGGAGAUAAAGGUCAGGCAGGAGCUCCAGGUGAUGCUUGCAAGGCUCAGCAUUCUGCUUUCUCAGUGGGCCGAAGGAAGUCACUUCACAGCGUCGACCACUAUCAGGCCCUGAUCUUUGAUAACAUCUUCGUGAACACCCCUGAACACUUUGACAUGUUUUCCGGAAAGUUCCGUUGCCACAUAGCAGGGAUCUACUUCUUCAAUGUGAACAUUCACACGUGGAACUUCAAGGAGACAUACCUGCACAUCAUGCAAAAUGACAACACGAAGGCCAUUAUUUACGCACAGCCCAGUGACCGCUCCAUUAUGCAGAGCCAGAGCGUCAUGCUACCUCUGAAGGAGAGUGACGAGGUCUGGGUCCGGCUCUUCAAACAUGAGCGGGAAAACGCCAUCUACAGUGACGAUGUGGAUAUUUACAUCACAUUUAAUGGAUACCUCAUCAAACCAGAUAUGGAGUGAGAGCAAAAAAUGAUGAUUAUGAACAAGAUGUUUGAAAAUGAGCAAAUUUAACAAAGCUGAAAAGCAUUUCAUAUUAGCUAUAUUUCUGGAAAAAGUCAAACAAAUGCAAAGCAGAAAAACCACAGGACUCAGCAGCUCCUUUCACGCAUGAGGUCAUUACUGGUAUGGACAUGAUGUGUGAACAGGACCUUUUUAAAAAACACUGGUAAAUCAGUUCUGACAGUUUUCAGGUAGAAGAAGUUGUAAAAUAACAUUUCAGCUAUUGUAAUAUUUAUAUUACCAUUGUGAGCACACAGUAAACUAAUCAUAAAGUUUUACGGCACAAUACUAGAUUGUUUAAAAAUCUGCUAGACGGCCAUCUGACCAUUGCAACUGCCAGUAUCUGAGAAGUUUUUAAAACGUUAUAUUCAACACAGGUUUAAUCUAAAAACGUAACCCAAUAUACAUUUGUGGAGAUCACAAAUUAUAGCCAGAGCUACAGAUGGCUCCAUUUCAUCUUUAAAACGAUCACUACAGGGUGAUAUGAUGCCGUUGCAUUUCAUGCUUACCAGCUGACUGUUUACCUCUGUAUGGAUGACUUUACCGCUAUUACCAGCUUGUCUAGUAGCUAAACAUGUACAUCAGCAGACUUGAGACACAGAGCGAAGUUGACCGCGGGUUCGAAUCUGAGAACUACAGUGCAAAAGGCACUUGCUAGAGAUGUUGAAAAAGCUUACACAGUGGCCUCUAGUGAAUUCACAAAAACAAAAACUGCUAAAAAUAAAACACUAAAAACAUAGCUCCUGGGACACAUUUUACUCUCUCCAGAAAUUUAUAUACAGGGUACGUAAUCAGAAUGAGCCUGACUUGGUUAUAUCCAGGGCUUAAUUUGUGCCGGAACGUGCCGGAUCCUCUAAAAUCUGAUCCGGCACCUCAUUUUACUAAUCCCCCUUCUCUACCGCCCCCCGCCCCCUGCUCUUCACUUUUGUUCGUGCCAAACACCUCGCAAUAACUAAAUCUACAAAUUGAAAAUAUGCCUAAUGAAAACGAAUAAAUAAGCGAUUAAUUAAAUGAUUCAUUUAAAGUAGGUCUUAAAACAGAUCGUUUAGGAACAAAACACUCUGAAACGCACAAAUGUUCUGCUUCGUUUAGAAAUUCUUGCAUUGCUUAAAUUGGUAAUAUUCUUGAAAGCUGACCUCCUAUUUGUGCAAAAGUACUUAACUAUCUCAUUAAUAUAAAAACAAAACAUUUUGUGGCGUUCUGCGGUUUAAUAGGUUUAAUCAUGGAUACUUGACAAUGCUAGCUUGCACAUACAUGUGGCACAGCUUUUGUCACAGGUCUGUUACAGUAAUGA